GAUACGACAUCAAAUCACGAGUUUUGCAUCAUAAAUAGUGCACUAUACAAAACAUAGGAAGCUGUUUGGGACGCAGCCUAGAGGUUAAAAUAAGUCCCUCCCACACAGAACACUGAUUGGUCAGUGGCGCGUCAAUUACGCCUUCUCCGGCUGUCGCGUGUAGACUGUUUUAUCCAAUAGGAAUCAAGGAGAUCAAUCGGACCAUUGCCUCAGUCCGGCGUGAUCAUUAACACGCUUGUUGAAAAUAUACGUGAAAGGGAAAUAAAAUAUACCUUACAUUAAUCUUUACAAAGUAUUGAAAUGGCAAGAAUAUGCAACAUUGAUUCACGGCAUGGUGCAUUGCAUUAUAGUGCGUUUUUUUAACUUUAUAAAUUUUUUAUAAAUAAAAUACUAGAUGCGUUAUUUAAGUGAAAAAAAAAGGUUUGAUGGUGAGCGCACGUGCUUGUUGGUAAAGUCGGUGCGCGUGAAGCGCGUGAGUUUCAGUAAACAAUGGGGUGGGGCGAGUGUACACUUGAACACACCAGUUGGCUAGUGUGUAACGGUACAUGAUACGCCCUAAAUACCUAAAUGAACGAGUGGGAAUCGCGGAGAGAACGGAUUGAAUGGUAUCAUUCAGCCACGAAGCUCUUUUCUUUCUGAAACUGAGGGAUCGUGCAUAAUCGGAAUGAUGCGUUUAGCUGUGCAUGAGAGUCUGCUUUGUGCCUGAGAGUCUGCUUUGCGCCUGAGAGUCUGCUUUGUGCCUGAGAGUCUGCUUUGUGCCUGAGAGUCCAGUUCAGGGACUUAAAAUGAGGACUCCUGGCGAGAACCUCAUCCAGUUAUACACUGUAGCCUAGGGAGAGAAAAAAGUUACAUUUCUAGCACCAAUUCUAGUAAAGGAUAAGAUUUUUGCAACUUUUAAGGAACUUUUAAAGGAGUCGCGCAUGAGAGAGAAUAAGAGACAUAGAGAGAGAAAGAGAGAUGCCUUCUCUGCAUCAUGGCGCCGUGUUCAUUGGCGUCUUCCUCAUCGUCACCGGCGGCUCGACCGCUUUCCUCACGUCUAGCCAAAGCAGACUGCAAGCGUUCAGCCUAUGCUGCGUGGUGUUAGGCGCAGUCAUGCUCAUCCUUGGUCUCUUUUGGGCCAUGAACGACAAGAGCCGUCAGGGCUCCUACACUAACGAAUACACGCACGACUACGGGCACGUGCUGUUCAGCCCGCCGCCCGGAAACCACUUCCCGGAGUCCCAGUCCGUCUUCUUACACAGAACUUUGGAAAGGCAGAGACGAGGUGUGUACGGGGAUGAUUUUGACUACCCUCCCAUGGAGCCGACAUGUUUCAGCCCAGCCGCUCGUGGGCCGCCCCCCCACUGGGAGAUGGAACCUCCGCCACCGUACGAAGUGGCCAUCAAAACUACAUGCAGCUCUACGAACAUGAGACGCAGUUACUCGGACACGAUGUUGUCCACUGAGCCACUUUUUAGUCGCUCCCGUGAGAUCAGCUUUGAAGUGUAAGGCUUGUGCUGUCAAUGAGCUGUUAUGCUGCACGCAUUUCGGAGCAUGGCUCACCCAGGGAACCCAACCUCCAAAGGUGCUUCAUAAACCCUUAGUAUCAAAGCUACUCUAUUUCUCUAUUUCACAAUGGGCUACAAAUAUGGUCAAAGGAGAAACCUAUGAAACUGUAAGAUUCCAAGGAGUUAUUAUCCGCUGUUUGCUCCUGUGAGGUGUGUUCAUUUGUAAUUAUACUCCGAAGAUAAACACAUAAUCUCUCUCAGUACUUAUUUGGUAUAACUGCCGGUGUUUGAAAAUUGAGACCAAUUUAGCAAAUUAUAAAAUAUCCAUGCAGCGGCUGCAUUUUCUCUCUAUACAUAACGCUGACAUUACUCAAAUGACUGACUAUAAAGAUGUACUUCUACCCCUUUACAAAUCCCUCACAAGCAUGAAUCACAAUCACUUCUUGACUGGUUUAGUGCACACGUGAGAUUUAGUGACACUACUAGCUGCUCGCGAAGGUCACAAAUUGCAGCACCUGGAUUCACGAGCAUGUACAUAAAGUCAUUUGCACAGUUUGAAGCACCAGCUUAUGAGAAGUAAACAGAGAAAAGGCCUGGCUAUAUAUGCAAAGAUUUGUGCAUGGUGAUUUGAGAAGGAAAAGACAGACACACAUUUGAAGAAACUGGAGCUGUAAGAAAUGAUACCAGAAAAAUAUUUCUGUAACAAAAGCACAUCUAAAGUGGCCAUAGUGAAUUUUAACUGCUGUUGAAUUGGACUGAGUGUUAACAUUGUGGCAGGAGUCAUAACGACGUAUCUCUUCAUCGGGGCGCUUACAGAGAAUUACAGGAAACACUUACGUGCAACAACAAACCAGAGCAUUAUUUGAUUCAUCACUGGUGACCUUUGUGUCCCCUGGAGGAAACUGACAAUUUAAGAAGCAUUGAUCUGUGACGUAAUCUAAGUGUAGAAUGCCUCGGUGAUGCGAUCAUGAAUGACCACAGUGCAUUAGUAGGUUUAAUGUUACCUUGGACUCCUUUUGUUUAUAAUUAUAAAUCAUGGCAUUUUUAUUGAUUGCUUUCUUUGCCUCAACCAAAGUGACAUUAAAAUGAUGUGCCUCCAUUAAAUUACAGUUCAGGGCCUUUAUGGGUACAUUGCACUAUACUUUAUAGAAUAUGCACGAUGUACAUGGCUUACGUGCAUGUACCCAAAGAUUCUAUUACGUUUUUGGAACAAAAAUGUAGUGUUUUAAUUUUUAUUUU